AUGUCAACACCUCUGUCACAUUCACUUGCUUCGACAGAAGCUGUGGCUGGUCUGGAUGAUUCAGUGUUUUCACCAGUUCCUGUUAAUUAUGUAUUGUAUGAGCAACAGCAAUCGAGAUCGGUGUCCUCUGCGUCAUAUGGGGAUGAGAUUGAAGAUGAUGUCGACACGUCGGAAGAAGAAGAAGAAGAAGCACCUAUGUCCGCAUUUUACGAAGCAAAUGCAUCGACACAUCGAUAUUUAAAUCGAAAGAAAAAGAAUGACUACAAAAACUCUUCGAAACAUGUUGUAAACGAUCAUAACAAUCAUUACUCCAAACAAAGUUUUAACUCGGAUUAUCCGUCCCAAUAUUACGAUACGAAAUUUGCCAAACGCACGCGCUCUGCACCGAAUAUUGCUUUAUCUCCACAACAAAUCAUCCAUGAUCAAUAUUCAGAAUUAAAUACAAUUAUUUUCAAUACUCGAUAUCCAAUUACAGCUAUGGAACAUUUUAUAGCCCAUAAUCCGCUUGCUUCACCACCAUUGAACACUUCGUCGACAUCCGAGCCGAGUGAUCAUGGCGUAACGAAUCUCGCAUCAACACCAUUGUCUCCUUCAUCGGCUAUGCGCUCGCCUCGCCCUCAACGAGAUUUAAUGUCGCCGCGUCUAUCUGAAACAGCCGAAGUGACUGUCUAUCCAUCGUCUGUUAGUUUAAGAGGUCUUCUCUCUUAUCAAGAUGUGAUGAAUGCUAUUGAACGAGAAUUUCAUCUUCAUGAAGGACAAGAACGAGAAAUUAUCAUGAAAUUAUGGUUAAAAGGUCAAACAAUGAUAUCAAUUUUACAGCGAUAUCGACACUUGUUACAGGAUCUUAAUUUGGAUGAUCAAGAUUUCGUUAAUGGAAUGAAACAAAUACGAGAAAUGGUGAAUUUCGCCGAUCGUGAUGUUCAUUACCUUCGUGAACAGACGAUAAUGCUCGAAAAUCAAAAUCGUUUUCUCGAAAGUGAAUUUCAACGACAAUUGGAUAAGAUUGUUUUGGAAAAAAAUGAACAAAUCAAUCGUUUGAUUCAUAUUAUUGAUCAAACUUGUGCGCCACCAGCCGAAUUUACUGAUCAAGUUCGAAAUUUCCAACAAACAACCACACAUUCAGAUAUCUUUUCGCAAAGAUUCGUCCAACAAAAUAUCGAAUUACAACAUGAAUUAGAAACUCUCCGAGCUAAACUUGAGUAUACCUUCGCACUUCUGAAUGAAAAGCUAGAUCAACACGGAGAGAUCGCAUCUCCGUCAAUUAUUCAAACAGCUAUCGAACAAAUGCGCCGUUCCGAUAUGAAAUUGCAAGAACUUCAACUGAGAACAUCGUAUCAACAAGAAGAAAACGAUCUUCUUCGAUACAUCAAUCAUAAUUCAUCUAGAGACAUGAAUAAAUCACAACAAUCCUCCAGUCCCGAUGUGACGCAAUUGUUUAGCAUCAUCGAACAACGCUCUCUCGAACGGGAAUUACAUCGUGUUCGUCAUGAGUUGGAGCUAACUGAAAACAAAAUCGUUGAUCUUGAACAAAAAUUUGAAAAUUCGGAUGAAAGUGUGAAAUUCAAUAUCGAAAGAUUAAAACUCAAAUGUGAUGUUUUACGUCAACACAUUUCCACCUGUAGCCGACGCUUGAACGAAGCCGUGCAACAAUUUCCUGAUAAAUUUCUCGAUGAUCAUGACACAUCCAAUCUUGAACCGUGCCAUGACGAUAAAGAGAGACGUACAAUUCAAUUCGAAAAUGAACUAUUCACCGUUCGUCAACAAUACAAUGAACUGCUUGAAUAUUCGAACACGAUUAAAUUCGAACUGGAUAAUGCACGAAAACAAUUACAUGAACGAUCGUUGUACGAUCGAGAAACAUUCAAUUCAAGCACUAUGGCACACGAUGCAUCGGAAUUGGAACAAGAACGUCGACGUGCCGGUCAACUUGAAAAUGAUUUAAUAUCACUUAAGAUCAAAUAUGAUGAUGUAUGUGAACGUGUAACAGCUGCAACACUUCAACUCGAACGUGUACAAGUUGUACUUGAUCAAACCUUACGUCGCUGUGAACAACUCGAGAAAGAAAAGCUACGCAAGAAACUGACGAAUUUUCCACCAGUACAACCGAGUGUUUUUUAUCACCCAUCACAGUCAGAAAUUAACUCCAAAUCGGAACAUUGCUCGCAAAACAUUGCUAGCAUCACAGCCAAAUACAAAGACAAAUUGAGCUCAAUCAAAUCACGUUUGGAACAAACGGAUCGUGAGCGACGUGAAGCUCAAUACCGCACUGAACAAUUGCAACAUGAAAUCGAACGAUUGAAAACGGAAUUAACACGCAAAAAAGAAGUGAUUCAUGGAAAGGAUAAAAUCAUUCAGGAUACACAAUACAAAAAUCGAGAAAUAAGUUUGGAACGGCAAUCGGUCGAAGAGAAAAUCACCAAUGAAUACAAACGAUUAAACGAACUCGUUGAUAAAAAUCGUCUACUCGAAGAAGAAUUAGAACGUAUACGACAUAGUCAGAUAUUAGAAAAUAUUACUGUUCGAAGAACUGAUGUUAUCNAAGAAGAAGACGAAGGAAAAAAAUGA